AUGGUGAAUAAAGUGGUGCCCCUUGCACUCCUGGCUCUCCUGUGCAUCUGCGCUGCCCCUGCCACCGGACGUCAGCUCCUAGACGCCGACACCUUGGAGGCGGAGGCCCACGGGGUGGAUGGCAAGUACAAGAACGAUAAACCCCUGAUCGGUAUCCUGACUCAGGCCUGCCACUUCUGCCCCGGAAGGUCAUAUGUAGCUGCAGGGUUUGUGAAGUGGAUCGAGGCGGCGGGCGGCCGCGCCGUUCCCAUCAGGUUCUACGCUUCGGACAACGAGCUGCACCGCCUGUUCAAGUCGGUGAAUGGCAUCAUCUUCCCCGGCGGCCUGACCGACAUCUGGCUGGACAACCCCUACGUCAUCGCGGCGCGCAAGCUGUGGACCUGGGCCCGCGAGGCCAACGACGCGGGCGACGUCUUCCCCAUCUGGGGCACCUGCCUCGGCUUCCAGCUGCUCCACGUCCUGGAGGCCAACGUCUCCUUCACCGAGCUGCUGAUCCGCACCGACUCGGUGGGCCACGCAUCCACCCUGGACCUGACCGAGGCUGCGCCCUCCUCCGCGCUGUUCGGCGGCAUCAGCCCCCACCUGGCUCGCAAGGUGGCCGACCCCGCCCUGAACAUCACCAUGGAGAACCACUACUUCGGCCUCCCCCCCGAGCACUACCGGCGCUGGGGCGUGCUGGGUGAGGCCUUCACCGUGGUGUCCACCACCCGCGAUCGGGUGGGCGUGGAGUACAUCUCCACCGCGGAGCACAGGCGCUACCCCUUCUUCGCCACGCAGUGGCACCCGGAGAAGCCGCCCUACGAGUUCGGCAUGAAGGCCAUCCCACACAGUCUGGACGCGGUGCUGGUCUCCCAGCACCUGGCCAACGUGUUUGUGGACACCGCGCGGCGGUCGGGGCACGAGCCCGAGUCGCACGAGGAGGAGCUGGUCAUGCUCAUCUACAACACCAAGCCCUACUUCACGCUCAAGGACUCGGUCAUGGACCGCUCCUACGACGGGCCAGACAUGACCUACUUCUUCGACUCAAAGGAUGAUGCGCCAGACAACGGGCUGCGUGGCGCCGAGCCGCGGGGCUCAACCAGCUUUGCGGGGCGGGUGUACCGUGGCCAGGAGGCGCCUCACCUCACCGCCUGGGCAUGA